AACAAACUUUAUGAUGACAACCUAUUUGGAAUUUAUUCAACAAAAUGAAGAACGAGAUGGGGUUCGAUUUAGCUGGAACGUUUGGCCAUCAAGUCGACUGGAAGCUACGAGAAUGGUUGUUCCAGUGGCAACUCUAUUUACACCCCUCAAGGAGAGACCUGACUUACCUCCCAUUCAAUAUGAGCCUGUUCUCUGUAGUAGGACCACUUGCCGUGCAGUUUUGAAUCCUUUAUGCCAAGUGGAUUAUCGAGCAAAACUCUGGGCUUGCAAUUUUUGUUACCAAAGGAAUCAGCGUGGGCCUCAGAUGCCUUUGAUCUUCCUCUAUGUGGUUGAUACUUGUAUGGAGGAUGAAGAUUUACAAGCCCUCAAGGAAUCCAUGCAGAUGUCUUUAAGUCUUUUACCACCAACAGCUUUGGUUGGACUUAUUACUUUUGGAAGAAUGGUACAGGUUCAUGAACUUGGAUGUGAGGGCAUUUCAAAAAGCUAUGUCUUCAGGGGAACAAAAGAUCUGUCUGCCAAACAACUACAGGAAAUGCUUGGCCUCUCAAAGGUACCUGUUACUCAAGCAACACGUGGUCCUCAAGUGCAGCAGCCACCUCCUUCGAAUAGAUUCUUACAGCCAGUGCAAAAAAUAGACAUGAAUCUCACAGAUCUACUGGGAGAACUUCAGCGAGAUCCUUGGCCUGUCCCACAGGGAAAGAGACCUUUGCGCUCCUCUGGUGUGGCACUUUCCAUAGCUGUAGGGUUGCUUGAAUGUACUUUUCCCAACACUGGUGCUCAUAUUAUGAUGUUCAUUGGUGGUCCAGCUACUCAGGGUCCUGGAAUGGUAGUUGGAGAUGAACUGAAGACACCUAUACGAUCAUGGCAUGACAUUGAAAAAGACAAUGCCAAAUACGUGAAAAAGGCAACCAAGCAUUUUGAAGCAUUGGCUAAUAGAGCUGCUACAACUGGUCAUGUUAUUGAUAUCUAUGCAUGUGCAUUAGAUCAGACAGGCCUCCUGGAAAUGAAAUGCUGCCCCAACCUUACUGGAGGGUACAUGGUAAUGGGUGAUUCUUUCAACACUUCCUUAUUCAAGCAAACUUUUCAAAGAGUCUUUACUAAAGAUAUGCAUGGACAAUUUAAGAUGGGCUUUGGUGGUACAUUGGAAAUAAAGACCUCAAGGGAAAUAAAGAUUUCAGGAGCUAUUGGACCCUGUGUAUCUCUCAAUUCUAAAGGACCCUGUGUGUCUGAAAAUGAGAUAGGAACAGGUGGCACAUGUCAAUGGAAGAUCUGUGGACUCAGUCCCACCACAACAUUGGCUGUGUAUUUUGAAGUUGUCAAUCAGCAUAAUGCUCCAAUUCCUCAGGGAGGGCGUGGUGCAAUCCAGUUUGUGACUCAGUAUCAGCAUUCAAGUGGACAGAGACGUAUCCGAGUGACCACUAUUGCUAGGAACUGGGCUGAUGCUCAAACUCAAAUCCAGAACAUUGCUGCGUCUUUUGACCAGGAGGCAGCUGCUAUUCUUAUGGCCCGCCUGGCAAUAUACAGAGCAGAAACAGAGGAAGGACCAGAUGUCCUCAGAUGGCUAGAUAGACAACUUAUUCGACUGUGUCAGAAAUUUGGAGAGUAUCACAAAGAUGAUCCAAGUUCCUUCAGAUUUUCAGAAACAUUCUCCCUUUAUCCACAGUUUAUGUUUCAUUUAAGAAGAUCGCCUUUCUUGCAAGUAUUUAACAAUAGUCCAGAUGAGAGUUCUUAUUACCGUCACCAUUUUAUGCGUCAAGAUUUGACUCAAUCUCUAAUCAUGAUUCAGCCCAUUCUCUAUGCAUAUUCUUUUAGUGGACCACCAGAGCCGGUUCUUCUUGAUAGCAGCAGCAUUCUUGCGGAUCGUAUUCUUCUCAUGGACACCUUCUUCCAGAUCCUAAUUUAUCAUGGUGAGACUAUAGCACAGUGGCGCAAGUCAGGAUACCAGGACAUGCCAGAGUAUGAAAACUUCCGUCACCUUCUGCAAGCCCCAUUAGAUGAUGCACAGGAGAUUCUUCAUUCCAGAUUUCCAAUGCCAAGAUACAUCGACACUGAACACGGGGGCAGCCAGGCCCGUUUCCUGCUUUCUAAAGUCAACCCUUCACAGACUCAUAACAAUAUGUAUGCCUGGGGACAGGAGUCUGGAGCACCCAUUCUCACAGAUGAUGUUAGUUUACAAGUGUUCAUGGAUCAUCUGAAGAAACUUGCUGUUUCAAGUGCUGCUUGAAUUUACUAAACAUAUUUAAGGACACUAAAAAACAUGGAAUAAUGUUUUAAUUUCAUUAUUACUUCUUUUUAAUUUCAUCUGUGGAAGCCAACAGAAAUAGACUCUUUUGUGUUAGCAUGGUUUGAGAUAAUUUAUAGGAAAAUGUUCACAUUUGUAGAUUUAGCUGCAGUUUGAGAGCAAUAUGAACAAAUUUGCUUGCCACAGUAUUAUAUCUGGGUUUGGAAAUUUGAAGUCUUUAUAAUUUUGUUAUAUUUCAGAGUUAAGUAGAGUCUGCCUUAUACUGCAGA